AAAUGGGGCAUCCUUUCUUCAUCCGCAGUUCGCCCGACCCGCGCCCCAAAACCCUAACCAUCUUCCUUAAUUUUUUCAGCAGCUAACGGCGGUUUCGGCUCUCUAACUCCCCGGCGGAUUCUCUCUUCUCCAUUCUCCAUAGCUGACGAAACUCAUUAGUACAACCCCGCUUUCUCCAUCCUUCUUCUUCUUCUUCAGAAUCAGCAAGCAACCAGCAACGCCACAGAUCCUCAAUCCACCGGUCAGCCCGCAAUUCUUCACGCCAAAUCCAAUCUCUACCAUCCCUUAAAACUUCUCCCGGCAACCGACAGGUUUGGAAAAUAUAAAAAUAAUGUUGUCUAUUCAACCUGAAAACAAGCUAUCAUUCAGUAGAUGCAUUGCUGAAGGAGAUUUAGUUAUUGUCUACGAGAGACAUGAUAGCAUGAAGGCUGUAAAAGUCAGCGAGAGUUCAGUUCUUCAGAAUCGCUUUGGCGUCUUCAAACAUGCAGACUGGAUAGGAAAGCCCUUUGGUUCGAAGGUGUUUAGCAAUAAAGGUGGAUUUGUCCACCUUUUAGCUCCAACUCCUGAACUUUGGACAAUGGUUCUUAGCCACAGAACACAGAUUUUAUAUAUUGCAGAUAUUAGCUUUCUCAUUAUGUAUUUGGAAAUAGUUCCUGGUUGUGUUGUUCUUGAAUCUGGUACUGGAAGUGGAUCUUUAACCACAUCACUCGCAAGGGCUGUAGCUCCUACUGGACAUGUUAACACAUUUGAUUUCCAUGAUCAAAGGGCUGCCUCUGCCAGGGAGGAUUUUGUGAAGACAGGAUUGAGUAGCUUAGUAACUGUCCGAGUUCGAGAUAUUCAAGGAGAAGGGUUUCCAGAUGAGUUUUCUGGUCUGGUUGAUUCGGUUUUCCUAGACCUACCCCAACCUUGGCUAGCAAUUCCUUCUGCUGCAAAAAUGUUGAAACAAGAUGGGACUUUGUGCUCCUUUUCACCCUGCAUUGAACAAGUUCAGCGUUCUUGUGAAAUCUUGAAAGCUAAUUUUACAGAUAUAAGAACAUUUGAGAUACUCAUGCGAGCAUAUGAAGUUCGAGAAGUGAAAACUGAGUGCAGGAAAGCUGAUGGGGACAAUUCACCUGCUUUACCUCCUUGCAAAAGGAGGCAAAGGUUAAGUGAAAGUGGCGAUGGACAAGAGAUGUCCAAUGCUGCUCCUUCUUCCACAAUCAUUGCUAAGCCAACAGGUGAAACCAGAGGUCAUACUGGCUACUUGACUUUUGCAAGACUCAGAUGCGUUUGAAGACCGGAAAAAAGCAAAUGAAAAACAUUUUUGCUUUGGUUGGCAUAAGAUAACAUAAAUUGUUGUUUUAUAGUUUUUCACCAUUGGAAAUAAUUUAAUAUUUUUAAUUCAAGCUUCUUAGGAAGUUAGAUCUAAAUAUCUUGGGAAUAUUGAGUUAAUGGUAGUUGGCUAGGUUACCUGAAUUGAGAGAAAUACUUUAACGACAUUAUAUCGACAACUCUUGUUUUCACUUGAUUGCAUUGCUUGGCACCUCAUUCCU